AUGGCGCUGCUGCUUCUGGGCUCGAGCUUCUGGUUCGUCACGCCAGAGGCCAUGGGCUUCCCUUUCCCCGGCGCCGUUCUGCCCGUCGCCGGGGCGGUCUGUUUCAUCGUCGCGGGGCAGAGCCACGACAGCCUUCUGAAUCACAGCAUACUAGGCGGCACGGUGCCAGUGCACAUCGGGAAGUUAUCCUACCCGCUCUAUUUGUGGCACUGGCCAGUUUUGUGUUUUGCCAGGGAGUUCUCAUCAGCCGAUUCGGCAAGUCCAGCAGGGCGCUUCGUUUUGGCAUCGAUCACGUUCGCGGUGUCCGCCCUAACUUAUCAUUUUGUCGAGGCGGGCUUUCGCUCCUGGCGCCCGAGCAGGCACCAGAGCGUCUUCGCAGCGAUGAUGCCUGCCUCGCUGGCCCUUGUGGCCUGUCUUCUGUUGCUCAGCUGGCCCCUGCUCAGGACCCCGCUGUUCGAGGCCCUUCUGUCCUGGAGCUCGCCCGUGCCGCGCUUCGACAUCGAGGCGUACGGCCGCCUCAAGACCCCGCACAUCCAGCUGCCCAGCACAGGAUGCGCGUGCACCAGAGCACCAGAGUUCUUCCACGCCCCGCCGGCGGCGGUGAACGACAGCAGGCCGGAUCUGCCUUCCUGCUUCGACCUGAGCUACUCUGUAGCUCCCAAGGCCUGCUGGGCACCACUAGCUCAUUGCGGCGGCGGCUGGCUCUGCCAGGGCGAAACGCACUGCCGCCUGCCGCGCACGGACCCCCAGAGGAGGUGCUCCCGAGAGCCCAACCUGUCGAAAGCUCGGGUCGAGAUCGUAGGCAUGAUGUCGCACUGCCUGGAGCCCAGUGCAGAUCCUCAGAGGAAGCCGGUCCUCUUUCUCCUAGGCGACUCGCACUCGCAGAGGCUCUUUCCAGGAUUGUCGCUUGCCCUGCGAGGCGAAUUCGACAUCCACACCUGGGCCAGCAUCGGUGCCAGGUUGAUGGUCAAUACGGACUCGUGGAGUGGCGUUCGGACGGAGCUGCAGCAAAUUGUUGCCAGGACCUUGCGGCCAGGAGACGUCGUGGCGAUCAGUUUCUUCAUGAAGCGCGACGACAAGGAGUGGAUCGGCAAGUACCUGUCUUUUCUGGAGGAGUGGGGUGCCAUCGUCAAAUCCAAGGGCGCGGCGCUCGUUGCUUUUGGGGACCAAUACAAGUUCUUGACUACAGACAACCCUUUGCGCUGCCGCGUGAUGCCGAUGAUCCAGCCGCCAUACUGCUUCCCCGCCAGGAGCGAGGUGAUGCAGAACCCAGUCCUCGUGGCCAUGCGUGCGGGGAGCGACUGGUUGUACUUCGGGGUGGAGGGCCUGUUCUGCGGCAUCGAGUCUUGCGGCCCGUUCAUUCCUAAGACCGACUAUUUGGCCUAUUCAGACACUCAUCAUCUCAACACGGCUGCCUCCUCGUAUUUAGCGCCUUUCAUUUGCUCGUUCUUCCGCGAGCACGGGCUCUUCGACGGUGUUCGUUGA